AUGUCCGAACAAGCACCGAAGCCAAACUCAAUGGCAGAUGUCCUUUCAAGGUUGCCAGACAAGCGCCCAGUUCAAAUUCAAAUUGCCCAAUUGAACGCUCAUCUGUCAAACACCAUUAAGACUCUCCAAAGUAGUCUUAUGUUAGAGAUAGCCAAUCUCAAAGCCAAUGUCCUCACGAACCAAGCUUCCAAUGAGAAAGUCCUGAACGAUUUCGCGGAAACCUUGCGCCAAUACGACAUAGAGAACCAAAACCUUGCCCGACUCAUCUACCGUUUCUUCGAAGAGAUAGACGCCAUCUGGAAGGUACUCGGAAAGGACAGAACAUGCAACACCGUAAUUCGUGAACACAGAAUUGCCGAAGGUAUUAUCAAAGAAGAGGAAGAAGAGGAAGAAGAGGAAGAAGAGGAAGAAGAGAAACACGAAGAAGUUCCUGAAGCCGCUACAUGGGCAACCCUUGUUGCCGAUGACGCUUACGAAAUUUCCCAACCCUACCCAUACAAAAUCCGCAACAAGGAGACAGGCAAGGUUCUUACCCCAGUCCUCAACAACUUGGGACACUUGAACCUUAACCUUCGGAAUUACGGUUCAAUUUCCAUGGGAAGGCUUGUCGGUAUGCAAUGGGUUCCAAAUCCAGACAAGAAGACGAGGGUCAGACACAUUGACGGUGACAAGCUCAACAACCGUAAGGAGAACCUCGAGUGGUUCUAA